AGAAUGAGUACAUCGAGACGGUGUACGUGGGCCAGCCGGCAGGUACGCCCAUCCUGCAGGUCCACGCCAUGCUGGACAGCAACUCUGAGCAGCCGCAUUUCUACCUGUGCUGGAGCACGCUCAGACGGCCGGCCUACAGCUCCUGGUUCCACCUGGACGUCAACACCGGAAUACUGUCCUUGAACAAAACUCUGGAGGAGAGCGACUUCGCCAUCCCAAAUCAACAUUCGUGGUCCGUGAAGAAGUUGGGCCUCCACGCCACGGUUCUUCCAAACUUCUCCAGAAGGCCCCACUGCACCAACAAGAACUCCCCGCGGAUCAAGUUGGACUUUGUCAACGCCACGUUGCCCCAGUGCACCCACACGGAUAUGAAGGAGCUCUGCUUCCCCCACAGAGACACCUUCAACCUCCGUAUAAUGGAGAACAGGUUCCCCGGGGCCAUACGGCAACUGCGGCGACUCACCAGACUCAACGUCUGCCCGAACUACACCAUCUCUUACAACGUGGAGUCAGAAACCCCAGCACCGUUCGCUGUGGAUGAGAACACCACAGAGCUGCUGGUGACGGCCCCUCUGGACCGCGAGGAGAGUGAGUGCUACAGACUCCUGAUGGUCUGCACCGUCCGAACAGACACGGUCAUCACCAAGGAGGAAACUUCGCUGGACGUGUUUGUCUUGGACGAGGAUGAUAAUGCACCGUAUGUGAACGGGACGGACACGACGGACAUCGUUAUCAGCUUCAAUCGGACAAAGGGUGGCUCUUUUGGAACCUUGUAUGUCUUCGACAGGGAUUUAACCCCCAGCUAUCACAUAGACAACAGCCACAGUAGGUAUGGCGGGAACUUGCUCAACAGCGACCCAUGGAUAAAUAAAACAUUCGAAAUAAAAGGCACCUUCAGUGAAAGGAAAGCAGCUCACGGCGGCAUUCGAGAGACCGUCCACGACUACCAGCUGGUCCUGAAGAGGAACUUGUAUGUGAAUGAGAAUCGCAGUGUGCAGUUGGACUACCUGGUCAAUGACACAACCUACCCCGGCCUGGAGGGAACAGUGCUGCUGCACUUCAACAUCACCAUCCUACCAGUGCACAUCCGCUUCGCGAACAUCACACACAUGUUCACACUGACACGCAGAGCUUCUGCUUACGCACAGGUUGGCAGAGUGUGUGUGGAAAACUGCCAGCAAUUUGAUGGCUUCAUCGUCACGUACCGGCUGGAUGUGCCAGAUAGGAACGUGUCUGCUGACCUGCAGUCCUGCUAUGCGGCCAUAAGCAUCACCCAGGCUCCAGACGCGAUGUGGGGGCUGCUCUACGUGAACGACUCCGAGGCUCUGCGCAGGCCGGAGUGCCAGGACCUGCAGUACUCUGUUGUGGCCCAGGAGGAGCACACGCAGCAGGAGGCCAGCACACAGAUCCACAUCAUACUAGAAAGUGAAGUACACAAGGCCAGUCAGGAGAGCCAGCAGUUCCUGUCCUGUGCAGAGAACAGAGGACGAAGAGACUGCGAGUCUGUCCGAGGCCUGGGAGCGACGACAGGGAGGUGUCAGUGGAGGCAAGGCACAGAAAAAGGGAUAUCUGACAAUUACUCGACCUGCUCCCCUGACCUGCGGACAUGCCCUGAUAGUUUCUGUGAUGCAGUGGAAAGCAAAGAUUCAUCGAUAUGCCCCCAAGACUGUACAAAGGAAACUGUGAUCGGAGGUCAUGAACGAGGCUUGGGAAGCGGGAUUAAGGCCGGUUAUGGAACAUGCUACUGCUACGCGGAGAGAUGUUUCUGUGAGAAGGAAGAUAUUGUGGACGCGAUCUGCGACGACAUGUGUAAAACCAUCAUCGCCACCUCUCUGCUGCUCUCCUUCGUCGUCUCCAUCCUCCUCUCCUCUUACUUCAUUCACCGGUAUCACAAGAACUCGUCCAAGCCGCCAAUCGCCUCCGCGGAAAUGACCUUCCGUCGGCCAGCUCAGGCCUACCCCAUCAGCUUCCCUGGGAACAACUUACGCCGGGGCUCUCAGGACUCCAUCGAGACUGACACCUUUAAAAUACCCGAGGAUCCAAAGUGGGAGUUUCCUCGUAAAAACCUUGUACUGGGCAAGACUUUAGGGGAAGGAGAGUUUGGGAAAGUGGUCAAGGCAACAGCAUUCAGGCUGAAAGGAAAAGCAGGCUACACCACUGUGGCUGUGAAAAUGCUUAAAGAGAACGCCUCACACAGUGAGCUGCGUGACCUGCUGUCAGAAUUCACUUUACUGAAGCAAGUCAACCACCCGCACGUCAUCAAGAUGUACGGAGCGUGCAGCCAGGAAGGUCCAUUGUAUCUGAUCGUGGAGUAUGCCAAGUUCGGGUCGCUCCGCAACUUCCUGCGCGAGAGUCGGAAAGUUGGCCCGAGCUACAUGAGCAGGGACAGCAACCGAAACUCCAGCUACCUGGAGAACCCGGACGACAGGGCUCUGACCAUGGGGGACCUGAUCUCGUUUGCAUGGCAGAUCUCCAGAGGCAUGCAGUAUCUGGCUGAAAUGAAGGUUGUUCACAGGGACCUCGCAGCACGCAACGUCCUGGUAGCUGAGGGAAGGAAGAUGAAGAUCUCAGACUUUGGUCUUUCCAGGGACGUGUACGAAGAGGACUCAUAUGUUAAGCGGAGCAAGGGACGUAUUCCUGUGAAAUGGAUGGCAAUAGAAUCCUUGUUUGAUCACAUUUACACAACGCAGAGUGAUGUCUGGUCCUUUGGUGUGCUGCUGUGGGAGAUAGUGACACUUGGAGGAAAUCCGUACCCAGGCAUCGCCCCCGAACGCCUCUUUAACCUUCUCAAGACCGGCUACAGAAUGGAGAGACCAGAGAACUGCUCAGAAGAAAUGUACAACCUCAUGCUCCGCUGCUGGAAACAAGAGGCAGAGAAGAGGCAGAACUUCUCAGACAUCAGCAAGGAGCUUGAAAAGAUGAUGGUGAAAAGUCGGGUACGGUGACGCCGCACACAAUACAUCAUAAUAAGUUAUUCAUAAUCUUCCACAGAGAGGAAGAGGCAAGGGGAGGAUAUUAAUCAGCUGCUUUCCGUGCAUUACAGGCCCAUUCAGGGAUGCAUCUUACAGUCAGACGUUAGAGUUUUUACCUUCCCACUCCUUCUGAAUGAGCAGUAUAUCAUUUCUGCUGGUCGCGUUGUGGUACUGGCUCGCUGUGUACAGUCACAUACACACAGGCACAUGCUGCGCCUGCUUCACUGGAUGAUCUGUCACUCUUCCCAAGUGCUUUAGAUACCAUAAUUAGUGUUUGAGGAGCAAUCCUCAAAUGUGGCCUUGCACAGCAUAAUCACAGAGUCGGGCUAAAUAUAGAGCAUUUAAGGACAAGCGAGCGCAGAUGUGCCACAAUGCAGCAGGGAAGCUCUUCACUGUUAUCAGAGAGAGGCAGCGCACAUGUCACUGGGUGGAAGUUCCUGCAGUAACGUCCGCAGGGCCUUGCAGCCAGUGCAUGUGUCCGACCUCAAACAUGAGCACACACUCAGUCUCUAUAGCGUGCCGUGUCCCCUC